AUGACCGGUCUUCUUAUCAUUGUACUGCAACUAAUUGUUAGUGACGAUCAACCAUAUCUUACUGGACAGCAAAGUCUUAGCCAUCGGCCAAAUAUUGAUUUUUUGACCUCAGUAAUCGUUUAUGAAUCGUCGAAUCCACAAUCCUAUAUGCCUUAUGUUCAAAACCUGCGGACAUUUUUUGCCCUAUAUGAAGAAGUUAAUAUUCGACCUCAGGAUGGAUUUUCGACUUGUGAAAAUGGCAUUAAGACUCCCAAUAAUCCUCUUCUGGUCUGUAAAUUUUACCCCAUCGUUCUUGAAUCCUGUGUGAAGGAAAAUAAUUUCGGAUAUGAUAGAAGUGAACCCUGUAUAAUUCUGAAAAUAAAUAAAAUUUAUGGCUGGUUACCUGAUAUUCAGAAUACCACAAUGAGUAAAAAUCCUCUUGUUCGAUGCUCUGGAAGGUUUGAUUCAGAGUUUGAAGAAUUUGGAACAUUACAUUACUACCCAAAUGUAACAAUUGAUGGUGUUGUUUACGGAUAUUUUGAUAAUUUGUACUUUCCAUACAUAAUUCAAUAUGCCUAUCGAUCACCAGUUGUCGCAGUACAAAUUAAAAAAGUGAAACGAAACAGUCUCUUCUUUUUAACUUGUCGUCUUCACAAUCUGAAAACACCCACUUCACCCCUUAGCUUUGAAAUUUGUAUCGAUUGA